UCUAUAUACGUCUCUCUCGCGGGGCUAUAAAGCUGGAGGCGAUCGACUGGAGCGUGAGCAGCAGGGGGAGUUGAAGUGGUAGGAGGCGAUGGAUCCGGGAGACGCUUUCUCAGCGAACGUUUACAAGUGGGACCCGCGCGGCGCGCCGCCGCACCCAUGCCGCCUCAUCGAGCCCCUCCCUCCGUUGCCGCCGGCGGCUUCGCUGCCUCCUCCGCCGCCGACUGCUGAGGCGGAGGAUCAGCGGCCUAGGGAGCUGGGCGAGGUGUUCUCGGGGUACGGCGUGCGGUAUGCGACGGUGGCGCGGAUCGGCGAGUUGGGGUUCACGGCGUCGACGCUGGUGGGCAUGACGGAGGCGGAGGUCGACGAUAUGAUGGCCACCCUGGCGCACCUCUUCCGGUGGGAUCUCCUCCUCGGCGAGCGCUACGGCAUCAAGGCCGCUCUCCGCGCGGAGCGCCGCCGCCUCGUCAGCUCCCGCCUUCUCCUGCAGCAGCACCGCGGCCACCAGCGCCUCGACGACGUCGGUCGCCGCCUCCUUUUCCUCAGCGACCAUCAACUCCAAGGCAAUAGCAUCGCCCUCGACGCUCUUUCUCAAGAAGGACUAUCGGAGGAGCCGGUGCAGCACGAGAAAGAAGCAGCGGGGAGCGGCGGAGAGACCGCCGCGGGCGUCGUGAAGAAGGACGCCAAGGGCAAGGACAACAAGAAGAAGAGCAGCGGACGGAAGAAGAAGAGGUCAUUCCAAGAAGGGGUGGAAGAGGAAGAAGACGAGGAUGACGAAGAGGACGAGGACGAAGAGGAGUGGGGGUCGGGGUCGGAGACGUCGGGCAAGAGCCGGCGCGCGGAGCGACAGAGGGAGCACCCGUUCAUCGUGACGGAACCCGGCGAGGUGGCGCGCGCGAAGAAGAAUGGCCUCGACUAUCUUUUCCACCUCUACGACCAGUGCCGCCAUUUCCUCCUCCAAGUGCAGGCCCUCGCUCGCCAGCACGGCCACAAGUGUCCCACCAAGGUGACGAAUCAAGUGUUCCGGUACGCGAAGAAGGUGGGGGCGAGCUACAUCAACAAGCCGAAGAUGAGGCACUACGUGCACUGCUACGCGCUGCACUGCCUGGACGAGGAGGCGUCGAACGCGCUGCGGCGGUCGUUCAAGGAGCGCGGGGAGAACGUGGGGGCGUGGCGGCAGGCGUGCUACAAGCCGCUGGUGGCGAUCUCGGCGAGGCAUGGUUGGGACAUCGACGCCGUCUUCAACGCACACCCUCGCCUCUCCAUCUGGUACGUCCCCACCAAGCUCCGCCAGCUCUGCCACCUCGCCCGCAGCAACGCCGCCGCCACCGCCUCCGCCAGCUCCGUCGACGGGCUUCAGGCUGCGCCACCGCCGCUGAUGUUCUAGCUAGCUAGCUCGAUCGACUGCCACCUUCAAUGCGUCUGUAGCACUUUAUAAUAGGAUCGAUGGAUUAGUAGCGACAUGAAAUUGCCGGCGGCAUUCAUGUGAGAUUUUGGUUGGUCAAUGCAUGCAACUCUGAACAGUAUGGUUUUAAGAUCUGAAAUGCACUGCCCAUUCUAUAUUUUAAUUUCCCAGCCCAGCUGAAAUGGGAAACUUUCUUGGCUAUUGACCACCUACGGAUGCAUUUAAAGGAGUGGAAUUCCUAGAAAGCCCAUCUAAUUUUCAGAUUUAUCAAGGGCGCAUAUGUUUCCUGUUGCA